CUUCUUCUAUGCAUGAAAGGUCAACUGAAAUGGUAGAGACUCUUUACAAUAUGAGCAAGGUAUGUCUAGUCCUAUGCUUUCAAGUUCACACAGAUUUUUUUAUUUUAAUGGUUAUCUUUAAGAUGUGCUUCCGGGACCUAAUGAUGCAACGUUGCUUAUUUUUUGUAUAAUUCUACUUAUUCCUUUUCUGUAUGUGUAGUGUAUGUGGUGAUCUGUGAUAUUAGUUUUCUUUGUGCUGGAAAAACGCCUUUGGAAAUCUAAUUGCCCGAGGAGGGUGAAUAUAACUCUAUGGAUUAUGUUGUUCAGGAAUUUAAAUUGUGCUUCAGUUAUGCAGAAGAAACGACCCACUCAUUAUAUUUUGCCACAUAUAUGCUCAUUCUAUCUCAGAUUUCAUGAGGAUCUACAACAUAUAUUGUUUGAUUGUGUAUAUGCUACCAAAUGUUGGAGCAAACUCUUUCACACCUUUAAUCUCAGCAGGGUUCUUGAUAAAGAAUGCAGGAAUAAUGUUUGACAGUUACCUAUUGGCCUGGUUAUGGAAAAAAAUGCUUCCUUGCUUUGGUGUAAUGCUGUCAAGGUAAUCUUGAUGGAACUGUGGUUUGAGAGAAAUCAAUGGGUCUUUCACUAUAAAGUCUCCUCUUGGUUCAAUAGCUAUGAGUUCGCACGGCUGAAUGCCUCUUUGUGGUGCUCUCUAAGUAAACAGUUUAAAGACUUCUCAAUGCAAAAUAUUUUACUAAAUUGGCAGGCCUUCAUCCUCCUUGAUUGAUGAUUCAGUUUGGGCUCACUACCUCUGAUGCUUCUUCCAUUUCCAGAUUCUUUCUUUGUUUGACUGUAUCUUUAUUCCUAGUUUUGUUAGAGUUUGUUUCUAUGUUUCUUAUUGAGUUGUACUGACUGUGGUUAGUCCUCACAUGACCUUUAAUUGUUGUUUGGUCCUUUAUUUGUAUCGAUAUGAUGAGGGUGCUUAAGGUGUGUCAACCUAGUUGAGAUGUCCAGGCAUAUCUAUCCUUACCAGAGGGAGCUGCUUCUGUUGUAGGUUUUAUAGCGCUGAUGACAGAUUACUAUAAUGUUAUGGGAAGUAGUGAUAGUGAACGUGAGAAUUAUGAUGCUUCAGGUUUUCAAGAACUUCCGGAGACUAAUCAAGUACAAGUUCAAUCGAGUAUCUCAAAUGAAGGCCAUUUUAAUGCUCAUUCUGUUGCAGCAAGUGGUGGAUGCUUGUCUUCGCUUAGGAGUUUAUAUUAUGGUAACCGACUUCGUGUUGUGGGGAAGAGGACACCACGUGUUCCUAUUUCAUAUUUAGAGGAAAGAGAUACAUGGGAGAAUCAUGCUUCUGGAAAUAAAUGUUCACAGAAGUCAGAAUUUGAUGUUAUAAGUGAUGAGAAUCGUGCUUCCGGAUCAGCUUUAGCUGAAGCCUCACAGAGGAGAGACUCUUCUGCAACAUCUGUGCCUUCCAAAAUUAAAGAGAACGUGAAAUUCUCAUAUGAGGUCAGCGGAGGGCAUAAAGGAAGACCAAAUGAAACAUAUGGCUAUGAUCUCAGUUCCUCAGUAGCUAUAGAAUGUGUAAGGACAGAGAAAAGUCACCACAAGAUGAAGAAACGGUACAGAAAGGAGAAAGUUCUAGACGAUCAAAACAGUGUUCUAGAGGGAAAGGUUGAUUCCAAAAAUUCAAAUGCAGUAUGUGAGCUAUCAUCUUCUCUAGUUCAAAGAAAAAAAAGAAGGAAGCUACCACGUGGAGAUGAGAACACUGAUUUAGAUGCUUUGCAGACCUUAGCAGAUUUAUUUUCCAUGAUUCCAUUUACUACUAUGAAAUCAGAACCAUCUCUCCGAAUUGUGGAGGAAACCGAAUCUUUCAAUUCGGAAGACAAAUCUUAUAUUCCUGAAGACACAUUAUCAGACCGAAGUGAUAAAGGCAAGCAAGUCAUGGUUAAUGCAAUGCCCAAUAUUGAGGAUAGAGGUCCUGGGAAAUUAAAACCUGGAAGUGGAUUGUCAAUUGAUGUUGCUUCUAAAAGGAAAAAACGGCUUGAACAUUCUGGCACUAUGAGGAAGGGAAAACGCAAUUUUGUGAUACCUGAUACAAAAGUUCCUGUGGAUGUUCAUUUACGUGAAGAUUUGACGACAACCACAUCUGGACAUAUCAAACCAUUGAAAAAUGAAAAUCAAGCCACUUUACCCAUUAAGCUUGGGCGUCGAAGUAGAUGUAAGAUGGAGCUUUGGAAAUCAUUGACCUGUCAAAAGACAAAGACCAGUGAUGACAAAUUGGGAAAAGAGCUCAUGAAGUAUUCCUCCUCUGUGCAGGACGAAGCUUUCUUCCUCAAGGAUAAACUUUCUAAUUGCAUGUCGUCCACCAUGGGGCGUAGAUGGUGCAUCUUUGAAUGGUUUUAUAGUGCAAUUGAUUAUCCUUGGUUUGCAAGAAGUGAAUUUGUCGAGUACUUGCAUCAUGUCGGCCUGGGAAACAUCCCAAAGCUAACUCGUGUUGAAUGGGGUAUCAUAAGAAGUUCCCUUGGUAGACCUCGACGGUUUUCUGUAAAUUUUCUUCAUGAAGAAAGAAUGAAACUCCAACGUUAUCGGGAAUCUGUAAGACAAUAUUAUGCCAAACUUCGUGCCGGCACUUGUGAAGGGCUUCCUACAGAUUUGGCAAGACCUUUAUCUGUUGGGCAGCGUAUAAUAGCUUUGCAUCCAUAUCCAUACGGACUAGAAGUUCACGAUGGAAGUGUGUUAACGGUUCAACAUGACAACUGCAGGAUCCUAUUUGACAGUCGGGAGAUCGGAGUCAAAUUAGUGAUGGAUUUUGAUUGCAUGCCUUUCAAUCCAAUGGAUAACUUUCCAGAAACUUUUAGACGUCAGAUCUGUUCCAUCAACAGAGCACCUCUUGCAUACAAAGAGCUACGACGAAAUAACCAUCCAAAUGUAAGUAGAGAAUUGGAGAAAAGAUCCAGCCCACUCACCACUGAUACAUCGGUUCCCUCCACCACGUUUAACCUGCAGCAGCAUAAUACUUUCUCUGGGAACUCAUUGGCUCCGGCCAAUACCAGAGCACUUGGUAGCAUCCCUUGUUCUUUAAAUGUUUCUCAAAGAUCAGGAUGUGGGGCAGUUGAUAUUGUCAAAGGUUCGAGGGAAAAGGCACAAAUGAUGGUAAAUGUUGCUAUUGAGGUUUGGUUGAGCAAGAACGAUGGUGAUGAUCCUCUUACAAUUAUUUGUGACGCCUUGCAUUGUUUUGAUAAUCAGAAUUCAUCGUUUAAGGUUCAAAAACCUUUAAGCACGUUGCAAGAUACGAAAGAUAGCCUAGGAGCCCACAUUAAUGAGUUGUUCCCGUCAAAACACCUUUCCACUGCUGAUCUAUCUAGUCUGAGAUCAAGACAUUUCAAUAGAGAUUAUGGAGGAAUUCCUUCAAAUCUAAUCACUUCGUGUGUUGCGACUUUGCUCAUGAUACAGGCGUGUAUCGAGCGUCCAUAUCCCGCAAGUGAUGUGGUUCAGAUUCUAGGUUUAGCAGUCAAAAGUUUACAUCCAAGAUGUUCUCAAAACCUUCAUUUUUAUAAAGAGAUUGAAACUUGCAUGAGAAGAAUCCAAACUCAGUUGUUAUCCAUUGUUCCAACUUGAAUUCAAUCUGAUACUCGCUGUUUCAUAUGUA